AUGCUCUUAAAAGCCUCAAUCUUAUUUUUAGCGCUUACGCUCAUCGCCGCAUUCGAGGGCGAGUCAGACACGUCUACGCUGAAGGCUAGUGGAUUCGAAGGUUCUUUAGGCCCUUUCUCCGAGUGCAACCACAAAUCGCCCUCUUACUCUCACGCCGCGAGCGAGUCGCCGGUCUACGCCGGCUCCGGCAAGCUCGAGGUAUAUAUCGACGAGAGCAACUGCGACGGCACGCGAGACGACAAGGGGGCCGAGAUCUGCUAUUUCGAUUCUAACCGACAAGUCAACCAUCAUUGCCCAGCAGUUCUGCCCGGGGGGUUGCUCGAGUUGGUGCGGGACUCUCGCUAUUACUGGCAAUCAGCUGGUCGUCGAUCAUCGUUCAUCCUGCGGGAAUCCUACACAGCAGGUCAUCGUGAGUUCCACUGCGCGAGAUACUUGGAACAGCGUCAUCAUCCAUUUCAGGUCUCCGCGGCGGAGAAGGGCGCGUACGAGGUGUGGUACAGCGGUAGCAAUGUGUACAGUUCGAAAAACAUCAACGUCGGUUUUGGUGACAGUUGUCCGAUGAUGCUCAUGGGAUAG